GCCAGUGGCGCCAGCGCGCCAUGGCGGCCGACAACGGAGCAGCUGGGGUGCAGCUGCUAGAUUCUCGUGGGAUCGGCAAGGUGCCGACAUUCUCAGGCAAGAGGGAGGGCUUCGAGGAUUGGAUCUUCCCGUUUGAAUCCUUCUGCGGCCUGCUGGGCUGGACGGCGGGCCUGGAGCGGUCAAGAGACACUGAGGAGCCGCUGACUGCGGAAGACCUCGGCGAGCAGGGAGUGCUGGUAGGCAGGAGCUUGUACCACCUGCUGGCGAGCACCACGAAAGGCACGGCGCAGAGCAUCGUGAAGCUCUGCCCGCGAGGCGACGGUUUCGAAGCAAUGCGGAGGCUGUACAAGGAGUGCAGGCCGAGACUGAAUGAGGAGCACGGCCAGAUGCUCCAGCAGAUCCUGACGCCGACGUGGUGGAAGGAUCGCGAGGGUAAGGAGCGCAUCACAGAGGUGCUGAUCGCUUGGGACGAGGUGAUCUCGAGGUAUGAGCGCGCGACUGGAGAGCAGGUCGCGCAGAACAUGAAGACGAGCACGAUCAUGGCCCACGCACCAGAGGAGGUGAAGGUCAUGCUACGCUCGGCGCAGCGCGAGGUGCGCAGCGACAUCACACAGAUGAGGAACUGCAUCUUCGAGGCGGUGAUCGGCCAGAGCGGAGUGGUCUCGAGGCCGCCGACCGCGAACAAGGGGAGCAACGACAUGGACGUCGACGCGAUCUCCAAGGGAAAGGGCAAGGACAGCAAGGACAAGUGCCAGAUCUGCCACAAGCCGAGCCACACGGCCCGCGACUGCUUCUGGCGUGACAAGGGGAAGCAGAAGGGCGACGGAAAAGGUCGAGGAGCAGGCGCGGGAUCCAAGGGCGGAAAGGACGCCAAAGGCAAAGGCAAGGACAGCUACACCUUCACGGGGAAGUGCGACUAUUGCCACAAGACGGGCCACAAGAAGGCAGACUGCAAGAAGCGGAUCGCCGACGAGAGGGCCAAAGGCAAUGCGGCCAUCGAGCAGGGGGGCACGGACCCGAAGACGGUGGCCAAGAUCGAGUACGCGGAGUACGAGUGCGGGAUCUGCGACGACGACCAGCUCUACUGCAUGGCGAUGGAGGUGGAGGAUCCUGAGACGGAGUGCUGCGGCAUGGAGCUCGUGGAGACGACCUUCAUCACGCUGGACACGGCGAGCGACUGCCACGUGGGGCCGACUUGCUUCGGAGAAGGAUGCAGGAAAGGCGAGGAUCGCGGACCAAGGUUGCUGGAUGCGCAGCGGAAUGAGAUCAAGAUGGGCUCCAUUGCGACGGUGCCGAUGGCGGUUGCUGACGACUGCGAGCAGCUGAAGCUGCUGAAGGCGGACUUCAGGCUGGGUGACACGGUAUCGAAGCCAAUCCUCUCGUUGCUGGAGGUGAUGGACAAGGGUGCCGAGUUCUGGCUGAGCGCGAAGACGGGCAUGUGCAUGUGCCUUGGCGGUGACCUCAGCAGGGGCAUCCCGCUCACCCGGAAGAACAACACGCUGGGAUUCAACGCGGAGACCUUCAAGACAGCUACGGAGGCGAAGGAGUUCGCGGCCAGCGUGAACGCGAAUGAGCAGCAGGAGGAGGCGUUCGUGCCGACGCCUGGGGCUGCGGGCAGCGGAGCAGCGACAGCGGCACCGGCUGCACCCGCGGCUGCCGCCUCGGAUCCAGAGCGAGGCGGAGCAGCUGAGGGCGCGGGGGGAGAGCGACUGGCUCGACAUCCUGUGCUACUACGCGAAGGGCAGGAGAUCGUCCUGCACCCUUCCAGCCGCGUGGAGGACACGCGGGCGAGGCUCAAGGAGAUGGGCCAGCCAAUCUACGGCAGAAAGGACGAGCUGUGGGCUAGGCUCAGCGAUGCGGAGCGGAGGCUCACGGCGCACCACAUGAAGAUGAAGGAGUUGGAGCGCAGGCACGAGGAAUCCGUUCAGGGAGGACCCUCGAUAGCACCACGAGAAGUAGCAGGGCCAGCAGCGCCCACGGAUGCAGAACGAGCAGCUCAUGAACUGCUUCACCUCACGAGGGCGCCGUGGUGCGAAGCCUGCGCGCGGGGGAACGAGACGACCAAGCCGCGCAAGACCCUGACAUUCGAUCAGAAGGACACUGGGAAGGCGCAGAUCACCCUGGACUUCUGCUACCUGAAGACCAACGGCGACUGGGCGGAGAUCGGAGAUGUGGAGCCGCCAGCGGCGGACAUCUUCGCGACGACGCUGGUGAUGGCAGACAGGGACACGCUGAUGUUCAAUGCAGUCUCGAUGCCCACCAAGGCGGUCACGGACUACGCAAUAGCCAGCGUGAGCAGCUUCAUCGAGGGCAUGCAUCUCACGACGGCGGACAUCAAGACGGACGGCGAGCCCACGAUCGUGAACUUGGUGGAGGAGGUGCGGAAGAGGCUGAACAAGAGCUUCAAGCUGGAGGAGAAGCGUGGGAACCUGAAGGACAGCCAGAGCAUGGGCGCGAUCGAGGCUCCGAUCAGAUGGUUUCAGGCGAAGGUGAGGACGUACAAAUUCGACUUGGAGAAGCGCUAUGGCAUGAAGAUCACGGCGGACGCACCGAUCUGGUGCUGGCUUACACGAUACGUUAGCUGGGCUACCUCUACGUACAGACCACGAGCCGAUGGGAGGACAUCCCAUCAGGCAGCCUACGGAGUGACCUACAACGGAGAGAUUCUCCCCUUUGGCGAGACGGCUCUCUUCAAGACCCCGAUCUCCCACAUGAGGCAGAUCACGACCACGUCUCUGAAGCGCAAGGGCGAGUCGAGCUUCGUGAAGGGCAUCUGGAUCGGGAAGCACAAGGAGAGCGACGACCACUUGUUCUUGACGCCAGCAGGCUGGCACCGCGCAAGAACAUGCAGGCGGCUGGAGCCAGCAUUGCGAGCAGAUGAUAAGCUGAUGAAGGCAGUGAAGGCCCUACCCUGGGACGCGAGGAGCGCUAAGCCGUGCGAGCUACUGCCCGGGAUUCAGAGGCCGAUGCCCACGAUCGUUCUGACGGCGGCGGAGCAGAAGGCGAAGACCGAGGAGAAGAGCACGACGGAUGCGGACGUGCCGACGACACCGCGAGGUCUGAUCAGACCUGCCGAUGUUGAGGACUUCGGUGCACCAGGCAAGCGCGCGAAGCACGUGGACGCCAUCUCGCUCGACGACCCUAUCGACUACAGCAUCCUGGACAGGAUGGGCACAGACUGCUACAUGACGGUCAGCGGACUGGAGCCCGCGGUGGAACUCAAAGGCAAGCGCGAAGCACUAGAGUAUCUGGCGAUCUUGGCGGAGAUGGGCAAGCCGACCGAUAUCGUUUGGGCGCUCAACGAGAUGCUACCUGGGCAGCGCGUGGCAGGCGCUGGCUGGGUAGACAAGGUGGCGAAGACUCUGAAGGGAGAAGGCUUCGACAGGAGUGAGUGCCAGCCGCAGUUUUACUACCACAGGGAGAAGAAGAUCCUGAUCGAGGUGCACAUGGACGACUUCCACGGCGAGGGUCCAAUCGGCAACCUGGACGGGGUCAUCAAACGGCUGCGGGAGGUGUUCGACCUGAAGGCGACGGACGUCAUCAGGCAGGGACGCUACUCACACCUGAAGCGUGACAGGCUGAGGCUCAUGAACGGCAACAUCAUGCUGAGGCCGAACGUGGGGCAUAUUGACGACCUGAUCUACGUGACGGGCAUGGAGAAGGCCAAGCCAGCGAAGGUGCCAAGCUUGACUGAGGAGGACCCGACAUGGAGCCCUGAAUUGGACGAGAUCGAGAGGGCGAAGUUUCGCACAGGAGUUGGGAUCGCGCUCUACAUCUCGCCCGACAGAGCGGACAUCCAGCGGGGCGUGCAGCUGCUGACCAGGAACCUGAGUCAGCCGACGGAGUUUGACAGGAAGCGACUGGUGAAGCUGGUGAGGUACCUGAAGGGGGCAAAGACGUUUGGAGUGUUUUUGGAGAAGCCAACUGGGAGCAAGCCUGGAUAA